AUGGAGCGGAUGAAAUCCCUAGCGAGGAGUUUCGUGUACUGGCCCAACAUCGAUGAUGUCGUCGAAGACUACGUCCGCUGCUGUAGAUCCUGUGCUGAAGCUGCUAAGUCACCACGCAAGACGGACCUGGAGUCGUGCCCCAUUCCAUCGAAGCCGUGGGAACGAGUCCAUAUUGAUUAUGCUGGCCCAAUCAAUGGAUACUACUACUUUCUGGUAAUCGACGCAUAUUCAAAAUGGCCAGAAAUCUAUCGCACUCGAAGCACAAGUACAACAAAGACAUUGGAGAUGCUAGACGAGAUAUUUGCAAGAUACGGCAAUCCCAAAACUCUCGUCUCGGAUAAUGGAUCGCAAUUUGUUAGCGCCAGAUUCAAGCAAUUCUGUGAAGAAGCUGGAAUCCCACUACAGUCUAAUGGACAGGCUGAGCGCUUUGUGGACACACUCAAGAGAGGACUCAAGAAGUUACGAGAGGGAGGAAAUCCAGCAACUUUCCGACAUUUUCAGACUUUCCUUUCCGUUUAUCGAUCCACGCCCAAUCGAAGUGCUCCUGAUCAUAAGUCUCCUGCAGAGCUUUUCCUUGGUAGAUCCAUCACUACUACUCUGGAUCUGCUCAAACCCCGGAAGACACCGACACCAGCUGUACACAGUAAGCAAAAUAACCAGUUCAAUCGACACCAUGGCACCGUCAAGAGAGAGUUCUGCACUAAUGAUUUGGUGUAUGCAGAGGUUCAUCAUCGCAAUCAAGUCUCCUGGGUUCCUGGCAAGUUGAUCGAGAAGAAAGGUUCCGUCAUGUAUGCUGUCCUCCUGGAAUCCGGUCGUCUUAUCCGUUCUCAUACGAAUCAGCUACGACAGCGUCAUCUGGAAUCCACUAGUGAUGCUACUGAGACAAGUUUGCCAUGGACUAUGCUGCUUGAGGAAUUUGGUAUGCAAGAUUUGUGUACCCCAUGCCCCAAUGAAACUGCCGAUCCUGAUUUGGAAAAAGCUCAACAACCACCUGAAGUACUGCCCGAGAUGCCACACUCAGGUCAAAAACCACCUGAAGUACCACCUCCUACCGAACCAACAUUGGAUCGAUAG